CGGGGGUGCUCAGACGGUGCGUGGACAGGCUACAGGCUGCGACAUUCCAGAGGGCUGAGAUGGCGACACGGCAGGCGGGCGAGUGGACCGGGUCGUGUCAAGGCGGCUGUAGUGUAUCGUGUAUUAUUAUGUCGGUACGGGAUGCAGAAUUCACUACGGGGCAGGAGCGAUGGAUGGGCGGGAAGGAGCAGUUGUUUCAGUCGGGCGUGUCGGUAUGGGCUAGUGGGCGAAGAGUGGGCCAGGGCGUGUGUGGAGACACUGGAGAGCCAUGCACAAGGCCGCAGCUGCAGGCAAGCACGGUGGGACUUGCUAGGGCACACACAGCAGGCGCAACCUUUGGCGAAGAAAGAGCAAUGGGCGUCAACGACUCAACGGGGAAAGACCUCUCCACGGCAACGGGGCAAAGGGGAAGGCGCCGCUGCACGCCCUGCCAUUCACUCAUCAGCUUGAGCUGCGACGCAUUGAAAUCGCGACUGGCGACGACUCGAGUCCUCAUCUCCAAAGCCUGCCCAGCUGAAGCACCACUCACAGGCACACCCCCCAGCGAGCUGCCCGCCGUGAAACUCUGGUCAGCUGCCGCUCAAUUUCCCCUGAACCCCGACUAUCUUGUGCCUGAAAGAGCCACAUGGUCCGCGCGCUGCAACCGACGCCCCUCGUUCCUGGCUAGCCAGACUAGCCAACGUCAAAGGCCUUGUCGCUUGUUCCGCCCUCACCAGCUCAUCACCUCGAGCUACCUCUUAGCGGGAACUGUAUGGCUGUAUGGUUGUGUGCCACCGCAACCGCCUUGCAUGCACAUGCGCUUCCCAAGAAUCACGCCACCUUCCGCACCUUCACUCAAUCUGCUCGUCAUUCCUCUGGAGGUUCAGCCGCCGCCGCCGCCGCCCUUUUGA